CACUGACAAAGACAACCAGCGAUUCAUAUGGAGAAAUCGUGAUGAUUUAAUGGCGAGCUCAAGCGAUGACGGACUGGAUGAUUCUGUUCCUGAAAUUAUUUCUCCUUGUGUAUCAAUAUCAAUAAUUGAUGGGACAUGUAAAAGAGAAGAUCUGCAUAUGAAAUGUCCUGUGUGCAAGCAAUUUCGUAAAUGUUUUAAUUGUGAUGAUUGCGUGAGGAAUGGCAAUUAUACUCAUUCAAAGAAAAAGUGUUUAGAAAGAUAUGCAGAUAAGAAGCAUAAAGAACUCAAACUUACGGAGGAAAAAGAUGUCAUAUUACAAAGGUUUGAACAUGCACUUUCUAAAAAGAAGAAAAUUGAAAAUGUGAAGUUAGACAUAUACAAAUGCAAGGAGAAAAUAUAUUUGCUGAAGGAAAGUAUAAAGAGCUGUAAAGAAGAAAUAUUAAAAGGUAAAAAGAGGAUAAAAGAAUUAGAAAGGAAGAAAGCUGUGUCUCUCAGAUUUAAGUCGGAGUUCUUAACAAAAUUGUCUAAAAUGCACAAGUGUCAGGAAGACAAAAAUUUUGAAUUGCGGGCUGCAGAUGUGCAGCUAUAUUCAGUUUACAGUGCCUUGAAAACAGUCAUCCAUCAUCGAACUAAUGAGUUGAUUACACACAUAUUUCCAAUUACUAAAGUAUCGUCUCAUUAUUACAAAGACAGUGCCUCAGAAGAAGGCCAGUGUGCUGAACUGGAGGAAGCACAGAAAACUACCUAUGUCCAAGGUCAGUGGGUGAUUGCAAGUAGUCCCAUGGAUGAUACAAAAUAUUCAGUUGUAGAACCUUGCAUUCCAAGUAAUGGAGAUUACUCAGCAUACAUUGAUUGGUGUUCGUCUCGCAUUCAAGGAAUUUCUAGAAACAGUCUAUCAAGGAGUGAUAGGCAUCAGUUUGAUGCAGCAUAUGGCAUUAGUGCUGCUUUAGCAUAUACUGCUCAAUUAGUUGGCAUCCUUGCAUUGUAUUUGGAUGCUCAUGUGCCAAAACGUUCAAGUUUUAGUGAAUUCUGUGGACAUAUUACUUCAAAAAAGAAAUUCCUGCAUAAAGUUGCUAAACUAAAUGCAAACAUAAUUCAUCUGUGUUUAGCACAGGGUGUAGAUAUUUCAAACAUAAACGCCCAUCAGACAAUAUCAAACCUUUUGCUUAUUUUUGAUCCUGAAGCUAGGGAAAGACAGAGGUGUAGUCCAUUAGAGGAGGAAAGUUUAGUUGAAUCUAUAGAAAUGUCAAUUUCCAGGGAUUUACUUCCAAUUGAUGAAAGUGAUUCUGAUGAUACUGAAUCUGAAUAUGUCCAUGUAUCUGAAGAAGAUAUUCUUGAAAGUCCUGAAGCUGCUGACAGUAAUGAAAUGCACAUGCAGGCAUCCUUUGUGUCAUCUGUGUUUUCUUUCUGGAGGGCAGCUACUGGGCAAAAAUGAGUCAUCUAUAUCUGUGAUCAUUGAAAUCAACCAACUGUUGUGUUACUUAGAUCUGACAUAAGCAGAUUUUAAAUAAAUGUCUCUUAGCAUCAUGUAAAUAUUUUAAUAACCAUUUUUGUAAAGGUGCUCCUUUUUAUGAAAAUUUUAAACCACUUUUCAUAAUAAAAAUGUUUUAAAAAUCUUG